GGAUCAGCCUCCGGCCGGCGCGCUUCUCCGUGUUGAGUUGUUGAGCCGAGCGAGGGCGGUCUGUCUCGCCGCAGUCGGGACGACCUAGCUCUCUCAUCCCAUCCAUGGCGGCGGCGGUGGCCAGGGUGCACCACCCCCAGGUCCACCACCGCGUGUCCGCGAGGGGCGAGGGGCGGCAUUCGUCGGACACGGCCACCAUGGCGGCGGGGGCGGUCAGGGCGCACAGCCACCACCACCGCGCGGCGUCGGCGCCGGCGGCCGUUGUUUCGAGGACGGAGGACAGGCGGCUGAGGCGGUCGCCGCUGCCCGUGGAGCAGCGGCUGCGGCGGAGGGGGCGGGCGCCGGGGUGCGGGGAGGUGGCGGGCGGGACGGCGGCGGGGUGCGCCGCCGUCUCCUGCUGCCUCCCGCUCGCCGUCGUCGAGCUCGUCGUCCUCGCCGCCGUCCGCGCCCCCGCCGCGCUCUGCCAGCGCAGCAUCAGCAAGCGCCGCCGCGCCGCCAGGCGGAAGGAGACGGAGGACGACCUCGCCAUCGCCUCCGCCCCAGCCUCCGCCGGGGACGCCUCGCCCACGUCCGUGGCCCUGGCGAAGAACUCGGCGCUGGAGGCCGCCAACGACGACGAGGCGUGGCCGUGCUGGUCGCUCCUCAAGCCCGCGGCGGUGGCGGCGGCGGCUGAGGAGCUCGCCGAGGCGGAGGAGGAGGUGUGGGCCCGUUUCUGCGGCAACGGCUUCUGGAGGAGCCCGGAGGAAACGUGGUGACCCGUCGUCUCCGGCUCCGGCCGCCUCUCGUCGUCGUCGAUCGAUCUCUCGGUUUCUUUGCCUUUUCCUCCUUCCUUCUUUGGGGCAAACAGAAACAUUAACCCCUUUGUUAACUCUCGUGUUUCUCGUUUUCCCCGAAAUUUUGUUAUUUGGGAGGAAAUAAAAAGAAGCUGCGCAUAGGCAAAUUCACAUUACACGGUGUCUCUGCAGUCUCAUUGCCAAAUUUGCGUUCGUUUCUUCA